AUGUCUCCAGCAACAUUCAACAUUCUGCUAGGUCGGAUCAAACACCGAAUUGAAAAGUUUUCUAUCCGGAAACCUGUCAAUCCGGAAUGUCGACUGUUUUUAACGCUCAUGUAUUUGGCGCAUGGUUCCAGCAUUUUUCAAAUGUCCCGGCUUUUCCGACUAGGAGUCACUACGGUCCGGAAAAUAACUCAAGAGGUGACAGCCGUACUCUGGGAUGAGCUGAAGGAGGAGUAUAUGCCUGAGGUAGAAGAACAAAAGUGGGCACAGUACAGUAGCGAAUUUGAGGACCGCUGGAAUUUUCCACAUUGUUGUGCCGCUGUUGAUGGCAAGCACGUUACGAUAACGUGUCCGCCGAAUUCUGGUUCUCUGUUCUACAACUAUAAAAAGCAAUAUUCGGUGGUGCUUAUGGCCAUGUGUGACGUCAACUAUAAUUUUAUUGCCGUUGAUAUAGGAGCAUAUGGUGGUAACGCUGACGGAAGCGUAUUUGCCAACAGCGCGUUUGGUUUCCGACUACUGCAUGGAGGUUUGGGACUGCCACAACCGGAUGCAUUGCCCAAUGGAGAAGUUAUCCCUUACUUUAUUGUGGGUGAUGCUGCGUUCCCAUUGAAGGCAAAUUUGAUGCGCCCAUACCCUGGCAGGAACCUGGAACCGUUAAAAGAAAAUUUUAACUUCAGGCUCUCAAGAGCACGCAGGACAAUUGAGAACGCAUUCGGAAUUCUGGUCGCUCGCUGGAGGAUUUUAUUAGCGCCAUUGCAUCUACAUCCCAAAGCAGCUGAAAACAUUGUUAAAUCCACCGUUGUGCUCCAUAAUUUCAUUAAAAGAUACGAGGGACAGCAAUAUGCAUCGCCGUCUUUUGUUGAUCAUGUUGAUCAGAAUGGGGAAAUCAUAGCUCCUGGUGAGUGGCGUUCGCAAGCUGAUCCUCUUGGAGGAAUUAAUGCCGACUGCAUCCAGCGUGGCAAUAAUGCAUCUAGAAAUGCAAUCCAUGUGCGAGAUGUUUUGGCGCAAUAUCUACAUGAUCAUCAAAUUCGUUAA